CUAGCUCUGUGGCAGACCGAGAGAAUGGGACUCUUCACGGACUCCCCGGCGAGUAUGAUUGGCUUCCUGCGGAUCCCUGCUGACGCGCCAAUCUGGAACCAGUUCGAGGACCCUUCUGCCGGUACGUUUUACAUCCUUUUCGCACCAGAUGCCUACUCACCCCCUCCCGCUCCUGGAUCUGGAAACUACUUCACCCUUAACACCGCCGUUGUCACACCGGAUUCGGUCGGUUCCGUCAAGCUCAACUCUUCAAACCCGUUCGCCUUCCCGCUGAUCGACCCAGGCUUCUUCACUGCACCUUUCGACGUGCAAGCGAUGCUCUACGCCAUCAAGGCCGCGCGGGGCUUCAUGGAUUCCGCCCCGUGGGCUGGCAUCGCGUUGAAACGCAUCGGAAUUGUAGGCCAGGCAGAGUCAGACGAGGACAUCAUCGCGGCUGCUCGCGCCACCGCUCGGACGAUCUACCACCCGGUAUCGACUGCGCGGAUGUCCCCGAAGAACGCUGAUUGGGGUGUUGUCGACCCUCAGCUCUGCGUCAAGGGUGCUAAUGGGCUACGUAUCGUUGAUGCUUCUGUAUUUGUACGUGAUAAGUUAGCUCUGUCCUUGCAACGUUUUUGA